UCACUUUCUUUCAGCGAUUGACUUAACACUGGAGCAAACCGUUAACAGGGAUGCUGCUUCCCCGAUGAAGGGAAUUGUUGGAUUCCAGAAUUCGACCAGUGCAAUUCGUCGUUGGUGCAUUACCUCCACCCAACGAGGAAUAUCUGUAACCGAGCUGAGGCGACUGACAGGACUCCUACCAGAAGAGCAACCGAGAACACAGCUUCGUCCAAGUCGAAUCAAGAAGGAUAACCGUCAGGCUCAAGUUCUUCUAGAUGCAGUGACUGAAUCCUGUGACCCAUUCUCUGGACCUGCCUCCACGUCUGCAAUCCUGCUGAACAUUGCCACAGGAAAGGGAGCCUCUGCUACAACCCAAGAGUACCUCACAAAAUCUUUGCCAACCGGUCAUGGACUGCAGAAGAAGUUUAGGGAGGAGUGUGUUGAGGAUAGCUCCAGAUUAUUGAAGCCAAUAAAGCGGAGAAAAGUGAAUAACUUUGCGAGUGAGAACACGAAGACCAAACGAUCAGCUAGUUCUAAAGCCAUUCCAGUAGUCAACAGUCAACGGGACAAGUUUAUCCGGAUGCUGGUCGUUAUUUCUCAAGAGACCAACUUCGACCUGGAACAUGUUGUUAGCUACCCCAUCACCGAUUUUCCACUAGCCAUUGCUCAACCUGAUGGUUCACUGCUCAAGACCACGAAAAGCAAGCUCUUGGACAAGCUGGAGUCGAUGCAAGACGGAAUGACAACACUGCCUCACAUUGAUGCCACAUUGAUUGAUGGUGGACUGCUGCUUCACUCAUAUCUUUCAGCUGUUGGAAACAUAUCCUCAUACGGGAAUCUUGCAAGAGGUCUGUUGGGCCAUGUUUGCUCAAGCAUUGCGCAUGGACAAGAAAUUCAUGUCUUGUUUGACAAGUAUCUGCCUUCUUCCCUUAAAGAAAGUGAAAGAAAAUUACGUGGGGUUGAAGAUCAACCUUUCAUCAUAAGUGGUAGCGAGCAAGCUCCCAAACAGAGUUGCCAGAAGUUGCUGCAGAAUGGCAUUUUCAAGGAUCAACUGGCCAAAUUCUUGAUGAUUGAGUGGCAGGAGGACCAGUACGGGGCCAUCCUUGGAAAGAAGACACUUCUCGUCUCGUAUGGGGGUAACUGUCUUCGCAUAGUAUUCAGUCAAACCAGCUGCAAGAUGACUGUCAACUCUCCAGACUCACUGCAAGGAAACCAUGAGGAAGCAGAUACCCUUAUAGCAUUCCAUGCUGCCUCGGUCACUGGUAGUCUCCUCAUUCGAGCCGCGGACACUGAUGUCAUCGUGAUAAUCUUGGGGAUGCUUGGGCGGAAUAUAAUAUGAGUGGGAUACCACUGAAGUCGAUCAUCAUGGACUGCGGUUCAGGCAACAGCCGCAGGUAAAUUGACAUAACAAGCAUUGCCAAUGCCUUAGAGUUGAAACAAGCCGGACUUUCAGCUGCACUGCCUGGCCUACACGCCUUCACAGGCUGUGAUUUCACGUCGUCGUUUUACAGCCCUACGAGCUGCUUGAGAACAACAACGAUGGGAAUUUGAUCAAGUUGUUUAGCAGUAUGUCAUCCAGAGAAGAACCAAGCCAAAAGAAAGCGGAGGAGUAUGUGUGUUCCCUGUAUGGAAUGAAGGACGUGAAGGAAGUGAAUCGAGCAAGGCACAACAAACUGGUUCAAAUGACAGGAAAAAUUAAUCAGGAAAACCCAAUGGCCAAUGUAAAAAAGGUUGACCGUGCGCUACUACUACCGUGUGGAAAAGCUCUGUCAAAUAAGACUCGCCGUGCACAUUAUGUGUCUAUUGUCUGGGAUAAUGCGGACUCUCCACAACCAGAUCAUGAUUUGGACCCACUGCAGUACGGAUGGAAGGAUGAACAUGGAUAUUACACACCUGAUUGGUAUCCUGGGCCUGCAGAACCUGACAACCUUUUUGGAGGUGAUCGUAGGAGUGAGGGAGUUGAGAAUACUGAUGAAGACGCCGACGGGCAAACUGAAGACUUGUAUGAUGAUGAUACUGACAUUGACACGGAUUCUGGACCAAAAUGGAGUGAUGACUCAGACAGCGAAAGUG